UCGUCAGAAGUGGAAUUCACACCUGUGACGGACCAGCCCCGUCUUCCCCGUUCCUAUACGUCUGGCAGGCCGCAGGGCGGUCGCGCCCGGGCGGACGCUCUCAAAGCAGCUCUCUCCACUGGGAGGCAGGGCGGGCGCUGGGGCGAAAUUCUUGGGAAGAACUUUUCCUUCUCGAGGGGUGGAGCGGAGAAGGGGCGGCCUGGAAGGCAGCCGGCAGCAAAAGCACGGAUUCGGGCGCGGAGAGUCGCCGGUCUUUCCUUCCCGGAUCGGGGUUCCCCGCCGCUUGGAGCCGUCGAGGCGUCUCCACGAGCCCGCCGCCCUCGCUCGCCGUGUGAUGGGCUCCUCCGCGGGGGAGCAGGUAGACUUGGACGAAGGUGGCCGGCUCCGCUCGCUCUUUCUGGCCUGCGACGUGAAAGGUUCCGGCCGGAUCGAGCGCGAUGACUUCGGCUCGCUCUGCGCCGAGCUGAGGGUCCGGCCGGCGGAGGCCGAAGCUAUUUUUCAGCGUUUGGACACUGACCGAGACGGCGCCAUCACUUUCCACGAGUUCGUUCGGGGCUUUCGCGGCGUCGCUCAACCGCAGAGGCGGCGGAGCGACUGCGAGGAGCUCCCCGGGGAAGAGAGCGGCGCUUUCGGUGCCUUCGCCGGGAUGGCGGCGGCGACGGGAUCUGCGGUGGGUCCCAGCCAGGCCUGGCGGGAAUUUGAGCUUCGGCUCGGGGAAGAGGCGGGCUUCAUUCCCAGACAAGAGCAGGUCUGCAUUCUGUAUCAGAACAUCAAUAUAGUGGAACCACGAUUAAUUCAACCAUAUGAAAAUGUUAUUAAGAACUUUAUUAGAGAGAUCAAGCUGCAGAGUACAGAAAUGGAGACCUUGGCCAUUGCUGUAAAAAGAGCACAAGAUAAAGCAGCCAUGCAGCUUGGUGAACUAGAAGAGGAGAUGGAGCAACGCAUACAGGCUACAGAACGUAAAGUCAAGAAGGAGGAGAAGCGUAAAGCAGAAGAAGCUUUGAAUGAUCUCAAGCGUCAAUAUGAAACUGAAGUGGGGGAUCUCCAAGUGACAAUAAAAAAAUUAAAAAUGCUUGAGGAACAAUCUAAACACAUUAAUCACAAAGAAGAUUUGGCAGUAUUAAAAAGAAGGAUACAUGAUCUGACCUUGGAAAACCAGAAACUUAAAAAAGAUCUUAUGGAAGCACAGACAAAUAUAGCUUUCCUUCAGAGUGAAUUAGAUGCUUUAAAAAGUGAUAUUGCAGAUCAAAGUUUGAAUUCAGAAAGAGAUCUAGACAUGAUCAGAGAGUACACUGAAGACAGAGAUAGCUUGGAGAGGCAGAUAGCAAUAUUACAGUCAGCUAACAGGAAACUACAUGACAGUAAUGAUGGCUUAAGAAGUGCAUUAGAGAACAGUUGGAGUAUAUACAACAGAUCACUGCGUCUAACAAAUAUUUCCCCUGGAAACACAGUGUCCAGAAGCAGUCCCAAAUGUGGUCGUGGCCAUUCUCCCCAAAAUCCACAAUACGACAGGCUGUCUCAUUCAUCCUACGUGGAUGAAGAGUAUGACUCCCUCGCACUUUGUGAUCCAAUGCAGAGGAUAAACUGUGAAGUUGACAGCUUGCCUGAAAGCUGCUUUGAUAGCGGCUUGUCUACAUUAAGAGAUUCCAAUGAAUAUGAUUCAGAAGUGGAAUCCAAGCAUCAAAGAACAUCUGAGAGAACACAGUGUCUGCAGGAAAACUUCCCGGGUGAUGCUUCUGACACAGACGUCCCAGAGAUACGAGAUGAAGAGGUAUACAGUCCUGAUGACGUAAAUACAGUAUUGUAUUGGAAACCUGAACAAUCAGUCAAUCAAAGCAGUUCUCGAGCUUCGACAAGGAAACACAUCCCUGCAUUCUCUCCACAGGUUGAUUCUAUACACAACAAUUCCAAAUACCCAAGCUCAGAGAAGGCCUACAAGAUAGUUCUUGCCGGGGAUGCAGCUGUUGGAAAAUCUAGCUUUCUUAUGAGGCUUUGCAAAAAUGAAUUUCGAGGAAACACCAGUGCAACCCUGGGGGUUGAUUUUCAAAUGAAGAGACUCAUUGUUGAUGGAGAACCUACGGUGCUACAGCUUUGGGAUACUGCUGGUCAAGAGAGGUUCCGAAGUAUUGCUAAGUCUUACUUCAGAAGAGCAGAUGGAGUGCUUCUACUGUAUGAUGUUACUUGUGAAAAAAGCUUUCUUAAUGUUCGAGAAUGGGUGGAUAUGAUAGCGGAUGCCACACAUGAAAAUAUCCCAAUCAUGAUGGUGGGAAACAAAUCAGAUCUUCGUCAGACAGCUUCUGAAGAAGGACUGAAAUGCGUACCUCUCAACUAUGGAGAAAAGUUGGCCAUGACUUACAGUGCACUAUUCUGCGAAACAAGUGCUAAAGACGGCUCUAAUAUUGUUGAGGCAGUGCUUCAUCUUGCUCGUGAAGUGCGAAAAAGAAGCGAUAGCAAAGAUGAUGAUAAAACAGUCACUAAGCUGGCUGGGACAACACUAAAAAAGUCGUCAUUCACCAAAAACUGCUGCAGUGUAUGAGAAGCAACUCCUUGGCCUCAAAGAAACAGACUUCUGUGGCAGUGGAAGAGGAAAAAAUGAAAAGCAUAGGUUGUUCCAGAUGAUCAGCAGAAGGAAAGAUGGAACCAACUUUUCAGCUAUGAGGCCCAUAAGAGUCUUUAAGCAAAAUUGAGAUAUGCUGCUUAUUGAAUGAACCAAGCCAAAAAGAAUAAAAUUCUGAGUUCGCCAGAGGAAUUACUCACUUCUUCAUUUAUGCAGUUAAGAUAAUUCCAUCUCAAAUCAGCUGUGCCUUCAUAAGCCAAUCUGCUUAUGCAAUCAUAAGCUCAUUCUCUGCCUUGCAUCGUGAAGAAAUUUGUGAUUCUUUAUCACUAUUCUUAAAGCUUGUGCAGUACUUGUUUUUGAAGGAUAUUCUGAAGCAAUCAACUUUUCCAUAUCGUGCAGCUUUCGAGAUCCUAGAAAAAGUAGUGAUGGCUUGGGAAUUGAACCUGAAUUGGAAGAAAAAUACAACUAUCUAGAACUCUCUAGAAAAAAAUGUACCCCUUCUUAUGCUGAAUUCCGAACGCUGCUGUUGGUAUUACAUAGGAUCUCUGAGCAGAAUGUAUAGCUUCUUCAUCUGUCAAGUGCCCUCCUGGAGUUUGGAGGGCAAUUUGGACUAUAACUGGAUGCUGUUUUGAAAUAUAAGAAGUUGAAGUCCCAGCAAUUCUGAAGAAUGCUAUGUAGAGAAUGGCUAUUAUAAAAUGUAGUAGAUUUAAUAAUGGUAGAUAACCUAGAGAAUAUUUCAGUUGUAAAUAUUGUUGCAGGGCUAUACCAUUUCAAACAACCUAGCAAUCAGGAAGAAAGCUGAGCUACAAAUUUUUGCCCUGAUGUUUUAAUUUUGGGUAGAUUAGACUAAAGUUGCAAAUGAUAUUUCUUCAUGGAUUCUCAGAAUUUGGAACCACAAGAUAUUUUGUAACGAAGGGUUCUAACUAGGUGUGCAUACACGCAUAGUGGAUUUAUAAUGAUCACACUUUUCUUGUCCACAUGCUGCAAUUUAAUGAUUCACUCCUCCUCUUCCCGAAUUUAAAGGAACAGAAGGCUGCAAAGGCUGAGAUUGUAGUCAUUACCUUCCCUUCUCCCCAGAAUAGUAAGUUGUUCUCUGAAACUGUUUGCUACCAUUUUUGUACUUUGAUGUCAAGAAGAAGGAUCAAAAUUUGUGAAACUUGAUCAAAAUCCUCAUUCUUGCUCUGGGUCUGAAUUGAACAUGAAAGCAACAAGGCCUCACUGAAGAAAAUACCGGAAAGCAAAUUCUCUAUAUAAAUAAUACUCAAAACCAGAAAGGAUUCCAAUCCUCCAACCCCAGGAGAGAUACUGGCCUUUGUAAAAUGAAUAGGUAUUUUGGCCUUCCCCCAAGGUAGAGGUGUCUUAUUGUGGCAAUUUUAAGACUUGUGGACUUCAAUUCCCAGAAUUCCCCAUCCAGCAUGGCUAGCUGGGGAAUUCUGUAAAUUGAAGUCCUCAGCUCUUAAAGUUGCCAAGGUUGGACAGCCCUGCCUCAAGGCAUUGCUUUGCAACAAGGGAACCAAUAGAAAGGUGUCUGAACUUCUUUGCAAGAAGUCUCCUUCAUGCUUGGAAAUUUAGAAAAGGUUUAUAAGAUUAACAUCUACAUGGACUACAUGAAAUCCACAACAUGCAACAUGUGCACUUUAAUAUGAUAUCAUAAUGAUAAUCCUUGAUGCUAUACAAAACCCCAACUUUCCUGAGAAUCUGAUAAAGAUCAGGAAAUGCAAAAGUUUGUCAUUCUGUUGGCUGGAUUGAGAGGCAGUUUUAUAUGUUUUUAAAGUUUUACUAGAUUCAUAUUUUUCUCCUUGAUAUAUAAAACUAAUCUGUUUUUCUAAAUUCAUAGGUUUUAUUUUGCUUUACUGUGUUAAGCGUUCUCAUUUUUAAGGAAGUUUUCAUAGUUGAGACAAUAGUUAGCUGAUCACAUUUGUCAAUUUCUGUCCAAAUUAGGAAAUGAAUUUAAAUUCUACAGGUCUUGAAAAUUAUUAAUUUCUCACAAGGCUAUGAGUAGAGAAAUCUAUUUCUCUCUACUCUGAUCUAGUGUCAGAAUUUUUUUUUACAGCUGGAUUCUUCAUACAUUUUUUACAACCUGGUUGAAAGCUCCAGAUUGUCUUACUGACCAACUUCACACCAUUUAGAUAAAUAAAUCGAAAAAAUAAAUACAUUCUUUAAUAAUCUGAACCUAACUGUACUGGAUUGAUUUUAGGUAUAAUAUGUGUUAGCCUUGGGCUCAUGUUUACUAUCCUUAUUCCUAACAAUCUAUGAUACAGUAUUUGAUCUUGAAGGACAUUCUAAGCUAAUUAUUUUAUUGUUAGUAUACAAGCCAAGCUCACAAGCCACAAUUUUCAUCCUUUGUUUCUUUAACUAGAGUUCCAUUGAGCUUGAACCCAGUGGAAGUUUGGAUAUUUGAAAGCUGAAAUACAAGUAGUUGAUAUUGGAGCAAUUUUUUCCAAAGCAGUUACCCACCAGACUACCCCAUAACUCCUGUUAACCCUAUGUAGCUUUACUGUUCUGUAGGAACUGGGGAAGUUCUAGAAUAAGAAUAUCUGGAAGUAUCUAUGUUCAAAUCUCCCUCAUAUAAUGUUAAACUGUACGUGAAGAUUGUGUCCCUGAAAAUGGUUGCUUUGUCAUCAGAUACAGAUCAGGGAAGCUUACAACACUACAGUCUUUUUAAUAGUGAGAAUGUUUUGAUGUAACAGUAGAAGAAAACCUAUAGAAUUAAGACGAGUUCAGAAAUGAAAGUUUUUGAUACUAAGCCAACCCCAAAGCACAAUUGUGCAAGUGAGUCACAAAUGUUUUGCAGAUUCUUAAUUCUUUUAUAUUUGUGCUUCUCCUAUACUGAUUGAAGAGUGAAGUUUUCACUCUUCUCUUAAUUAUUUUGAAAUUUUAAAUAUUUUUUUCAAAGUACCCUUUGAAAUCCUCGCUUGGGAUACAAAUAAAUCAGUGUAAGAUAGUUUGUUUUGUUUUUUUAAAUAAAGAUUAGUUCAUAUGAAUGAUAAACCAAUUACUGAGUAUGUGUUAAUUGCCUUGCUGAAUGACAUGCAUGUACAAACCUAGAUUUUUUAAAACACAGUAACAAGGCACUUAGCACUUGAAGCAAAAGAAGUAUUGGCUUUAUUAGUCCACCAAGACCAUAUAGUUUAAAUCAGCAGAGUUACACUUUCUAUAACUUGGGUUUCUCUUGAAGGACAGAUUCUAAAUCAGCAAUAUUUUGCAGGCGUGGUGUUCCAAUGCCAAGAGACAUUAGAGACUGUCUUUUCAGGGAGAGCUCCAUUCAUGCUAUAAGAUCUAGCCACAGAGAUUUUUUGAGACAGACUAAAAAUAUAACCAGGCUUCUAGAGUCACAGGAAGUAAUACAAUUUCUGCAUUGAGAAAAAUCACAGUAUGAAAGCCCUGAAUGAGUUGAGCUCGGCCAACUUCUGAAAAAAAUUGUUGAAUAUUUACCUUGUACUCUUAACUUCCAAAGUAAAUCUUUAUAUUUAUUUAGUUGUUACAUUAUAUACAUAUAUUUAUUUUUUUUCACAGGAAAAUAUAAUUGUUACUUUGGUAAAUUCUGUAUAUAAGAUGUAUUUUCAUUCAAUUAGUGAUCACAAAUUGUUUUGUCCUUACUGUCCUAUUGUUUAUAGCAUGUGCCAUUUUAAAGGCAAUAUUUGUCGCCCGGAAGAUUUAAUCUGUAAAAAGCUUUGGUAUGUAAAACAUGCUUUAAAAGGUUGUGUGCCCAAAAAUGUGCUGCAUCAUAUUUUCUUAGAAAUAAAAUUAUAGAAGCCA